GAAGGAGAAUGUUGAUUGUUUGUACAUUCAAUUAAAAUACCAUUGAUUACUUUUCUGUAUUUAAGUUUCACUGCGAGAAAUAAUACUUUCACUAAUUUAUUUUUUUUUUUGAAUGGCUCCGAAGACUGUUUUCAUCACUGGAGCCAAUCGAGGAAUUGGUUUGGGAAUUGUGCGCAAACUUUUGAAAGUUUCCGAAAUUGAAGUAAUAAUUGCUGGAGCUAGAAACCUCGAGGCAGCUAAUGAACUCCGAGAACUUGCUAAAGCUGAUAACCGACUUCAUGCAAUUACUGUAGACGUGGCAAAUGAUGAGAGAUUGGCAAACUCCGUGAAACAAGUUGAAAGUCUCGUCGGGGACCGUGGACUCAAUUUACUUAUCAAUAAUGCUGGUUGCUAUGAGUUAUACGAAACGACGGAUUCUCCCAGUAGAAAGGCAUCUUUGAAGUGUUUCGAUGUAAAUGCUGUUGGCUCUUUGAUGGCUUCUCAGUUAUUCCUUCCUCUUCUCAAAAAAGCAGCUGCUCACACUCACAUAACCGGACUUUCGGCUAGUCGCGCUGCAAUUCUGAACAUUGGAUCCGAUUGCUCUUCUCAGUUUUUGAAUGGUACACCUACUGUAAACGACGUUUCAAUUGCCUACAAAAUGAGCAAAGUGGCAAUGCUUAGUUUCGCCAGGUCACUUGCUUCUGACUUCAGAACUCUGAACAUUCCUGUUUUAAUUGCAACUAUUCAUCCAGGUUGGGUGCUCACUGAAAUGGGAGGUUCAGAUGCAGAAAUAACGGUGGAGGAGUCGGCAACGGAUAUUGUGGAUAGCAUUGAACGACUGAAUACUUCACAUCAAGGAGGUUUAUUUGAACGAAAACUCACACCUAUGCCAUUUUAAUUUUAGAUAUUAAGUUCUUUAAAAAAUUAUUCUUGUUCUUGUCACGAAGCUUUCUAUGAAUUAACUUUAAUAUACGAGACCUAUUU